UAGUCAUAAAUAAUUGAUUUAUAUGAGUAGAUUCUCUCUCUCUCUAAUAAACAUAAAACAUAUUUUUCCCUUAACCAACAACACACACACACACACAUAAACAGACGCUCACAAUACAACACGCAUCCCUUUUCUCUUUUUCUCUCAUUCAAUUCUUCUUCUCCUGUUGCUCAUGGUGUCCACCAAUCGCCACUCUCAUUGAAACCCUAAUUUCAUCACUUCCCAUUUUCAGGAUAUUGAUUGGAACAUAUUAUAGAGCAAAAGCGGAUUUUGAGGGUUUGGAUAUAUGUCCCAUAAUCAAUCAAGGGCUGAUACGCGCGAGUCGUCGUCACAGUAUAGGAGAGCCGGAGGCCGAUCCGGUAGCUAUAAUCAGCACCGCGGCGGCGGGAGAGGAAGUGGUGGUGGUGGUGGUGGUGGAGGUGCCGCCCCUCCUCCUGUUUCGUCUUCCACCUCCGGUAAUCCAUCUUUGACUUCUAAUAGAAGUUUCAACAAGAAGUACAAUAAUGCUCAAGGAGGGCAACCUAGGGUAAGUGGCGCUGGUGCAGUUGCAGUUGCAGUUGCGAGUGUUGGGUCGGAUUCUCAUCAGAAUGGUGCUCAUCAGCAACAACCGUUGCGCGGAGCAUCAGAUGUAUCUGUUGCUAGUGCACAUGCUGCACCUCUACCAAAUGCUACUGUUAAGCCAACUGAUGCUUCGACUCAGAAGGUUACGCGAGCAGUGCCAAGAGCUCCAACUUCUAAUGUUGUCGCUCCGACAUCUGAGUCGACUGCGCCUGUCACUCCUGCAAAGAACCCAGGAGAUGCAUCUAGGUCAUUUCCACUUCAAUUUGGAUCCAUAAGUCCCGGUGUCAUGAGUGUACUGCAGAUACCUGCGCGAACAAGCUCAGCUCCACCAAAUCUGGACGAGCAGAAAAGAGCCCAGGCUCGCGGUGACACUUCAAGAGCUAUUCCUUCAUUGCCAAAUCCAUCCACUUCCAAGCAGCCUAUGCCAAGAAAGGAUGCAGGACCGCUUGAUCAACCUAAUCCUAGCGAGGCUCAUGGGGUGGCCAGCAAGCCCAAAAGAGAUGUACAAAUUUCAGCUCCGCCCCCUGUUACUCAAACACAAAAGCCUUCUACACAUCCCAUGCCUGGAAUGCACAUGGCAAUUCCAUAUCACCAGCCACCACAAGUUCCUGUUCCAUUUGGUGGACCUGGACCACAUAUUCCAUCCCACUCGAUGUCUGCUACGUCAUUACCAAUGCCGAUGCAUUUGCCUAUUGGCAAUCCGCCGAUGCAGCAGCCAAUGUUUGUCUCAGGUCUUCAACCCCACCCAAUGCAGUCUCAAGGCAUGAUGCAUCAGGGGCAGGGCCUGAAUUUUUCAUCAGGAAUGGGGCCGCAGAUCCCUCCGCAGUUGGGCAACAUGGCAAUGAAUAUGCAGUCACAGUUUUCUCCGCAGCAGGCAGGGAAGUUUCCAGGUCAGCGUAAAACUGUGAAGAUAACUCAUCCGGAUACUCAUGAAGAAUUGAGGCUUGAUGGGACUCCUGGUUCGAGGUCACACCCUAAUAUGCCACCUCAAUCACAGCCUAUUGCGCCAUAUCCUCCCGGUCAUCCUAACUAUUAUACUAACUCUUAUAAUUCCAGUUCCGUUUUCUUCCAAGCUCCAAAUUCUCUUCCUCUUGGUAACAGUCAGAGUUCUCAGCCACCAAGGCUUUUUAGUCAGGUGACAGUGAAACCGGCUGCUGCAGGAACACAUCCAGCAAAAGAACAAUUACAAUCUGUCAGUUCUGCUGCUUUUGGAAAAGAUCCUGUGAGGCUCUCAAAGCCACAUGGAGGAGAUUCAGCUCUCUCUCAAAAAGACGCAGACACUUCACAUCAGAGCUCCACCACACAGUCAAAGACUGGUGAUGGCUCAAAGUCUGCUUCAAGGCCGGUAGAAAAUAUACAAUCUACUAAAGGAGCUGAUUCUAUCUCAGGGAAGAGCCCAGCAGCUGGCAUAUUGGCAUUGACCUCUCAGGCUCCUAUCGAAUCCUCAACAUCUCUAAGUAAAGAUAGUAGUGUAGAUGCAGCAAGUGAAACACUUGUUGUCCUGGAAUCCACUGAAGUUCAACAGAAAAAACAAGUAACUAGCGGACAGUUGACUCUUCAGGAUAAGGCUCUUGGGAAAUCGACGUCUGUUUCAAGUCAGCCUUUCCAGUAUCCCCUAACCAGACCUGUUGAGGUCAAUAGUGCUGCUUCAGCGCGCACUGCUGUGAACACCAAGGAAAGUCUCUCUUCAUCAGAGUCCACUGAAUUGAAAAGUCACAAAAAGGUAGAUUCAUCUGAACCUUUGGAUUCCAAAAAUCAGGAAGCGGGCAAACCAGUACUUAAAACUGGGGAUAGAAAUGAUGUAUCAUUGCCCGAAGUUGGCAAGCAGGACCAGAAUAAUAGCUUGAAGCCAUCUUCAGAAUCUCUUCCGGUAGAAUCUGUUGAGUUUUCUGGCCUAACUGAAGAGGGGUCUCCAAAGAGAGCAACAAAUGUCAACAUUGAGAAUGGUCGACCAGAAAUUGGAGCGGAAGACAUGUAUGAAUCUGUAUCUUGUCCAACUGGAGUUGAUAACAUUGCUGAUAGCAUUACAUCAUCCACUUCUAACCAGGAUUCCACAAGUACUGAGGCGUGCACGUCAGCAAUAGGUCUAUCGGCUCAAGAUGAUCAGGAACCAGAUAUUGCUGACACCGAAGAACCUGUUGUUACAAAAUCGGUUGUUGCAAGUCAGGAAUUUGCCUCUAAUUUGGUGAAGAAUUCUGAUGAGGCCACUUCAAAGAGCGAAGAUGAAAGUACUGAAACUAAUAACACCGGUUUAGUUUCUAAGUCGUCAUCUGGUGUCAAGGAAAAUUCUUUGGUGGAGUCCAAUGUGCCUAAGGUUACUGUGGCUAGGGGGAAAAAGAAGAAAAAAGACUUAUAUAAGAAGGCAGAUGCUGCUGGUGCGACUUCUGAUCUUUAUAUGGCGUAUAAAGGUCCAGAGAAAAAGGAAGAACUUACACAAUCUAUCGAAACCAGUGAAAGCGAUAACUCAAAGCCUCUAUCCGCCGAUGUGCCUCUAGAAGAUCUUAUAUCAACUAAGAAGGUUAGUGAGGUUAAAGCAGAGCCAGAUGAUUGGGAGGAUGCUGCAGAUGCAUCUACUCCUAAACUAGAAGCUGCUCCAGGACAUGGAAAGAAAGUUGAUGGUGAAGAUGGUGAUGGUGUGACUAUGAAGAAAUAUUCAAGAGAUUUCUUGCUUAAAUUUGCAGAGCAAUGCAUUGAUAUUCCUGAGGGUUUUAAUGUUGCUCCUGAUAUAGCUGAUAUUUUGAUAAAUGCUAACUCCAGUGUUUCCCGUGAGCCGGGCCCUAGUCCUGGAAGAGGUAUUGAUAGGCCAUCUAGUGGACAUCGUGAACGUCGCGGAAGUGGCAUUGGGGAUGGAGAUAAAUGGAGUAAAACAUCUGGGCCUGUUAUGCCUGGGAGGGAUUUUCAGCCAGACCUUGCUUUUGGGGGAAAUGCUAUGGGAUAUCGACCUGGUCCAGGAGGCAAUUAUGGUGUUUUGCGGAACCCUCGAGCUCCCAUGCCCAUCCAGUAUACCGGGGGUCAGUUUGUUGGGGGUAUACUAGCUGGACCAAUGCAAUCCAUGGGUCCUCAUGGAGGAGCCUUGAGAAAUGGAGUAGAUGCGGACAGGUGGCAGCGUGGAACUGCUUUCCAAAAGGGUUUAAUGCCAUCUCCUCAGACACCUGCACAGAUUAUGCACAAAGCUGAAAUAAAGUAUGAAGUAGGUAAAGUAACAGACGAGGAACAAGCCAAGCAGAGACAGCUGAAGGCUAUCUUAAAUAAGCUAACUCCACAGAACUUUGAAAAAUUAUUCCAGCAAGUGAAAGAAGUCAAUAUUGACAAUGUUGUGACACUCAAUGGUGUAAUCUCUCAGAUAUUUGAUAAAGCUUUGAUGGAGCCAACUUUUUGUGAGAUGUAUGCCAACUUUUGUCAGCACCUAGCAGCCGAGUUGCCUGAUCUGAGUGUAGACAAAGAAAAAAUCACUUUUAAGAGGUUACUUCUAAACAAAUGUCAGGAAGAGUUUGAGCGAGGGGAAAGAGAAGAACAGGAAGCUAAUGUGACUAACGAGGAAGGCGAAGUGAAACUGUCAGCAGAGGAGAGGGAGGAAAAAAGAGUAAAAGCACGGAGACGUAUGUUGGGCAAUAUAAGACUGAUUGGUGAACUUUAUAAGAAGAGAAUGUUGACUGAGAGAAUUAUGCAUGAGUGCAUCAAGAAGUUAUUAGGUGACUAUCAAAAUCCUGAUGAGGAGAAUGUUGAAGCUUUGUGUAAGUUGAUGAGUACAAUUGGGGAGAUGAUAGAUCAUGCCAAAGCAAAGGAACAUAUGGAUGCUUACUUUGAUAGGAUGGAGAAGUUAUCUAAUAACAUGAAACUUUCUUCUAGGGUGAGGUUUAUGUUGAAGGAUUCAAUUGAUCUAAGAAAGAACAAAUGGCAGCAAAGGAGAAAAGUUGAAGGUCCUAAGAAGAUUGAGGAAGUGCAUAGGGAUGCUGCCCAAGAACGACAUUUGCAAGCUACUAGACUUGCUCGUACUCCUAGUCUGGGAGGUUCUAAUAGAAGGGGUCAACCCAUGGAUUUUGCUCCAAGAGGGAGUAUGUUAUCUUCUCCGGGGCCCCAGAUGGGGGGUUUCCGUCCUAUGUCUCCACAGGUCCGUGGGUAUGGCCUGCAGGACGUACGAGUGGAUGAGAGACACUCUUAUGAGAACAGGACAUUGUCACUUCCCCUGACCCAGAGGCCUCUUGGUGAUGAUCCGAUCACACUUGGACCCCAAGGUGGUCUUGCAAAGGGAAUGUCUUCCAGGGGGCAACCUGCAGGACCAAGCACUCCAUUCACUGAUAAUAUGCCAAGUUUUGGAGACUCAAGAAGGAUGACACAUGCCCAAAAUGGCUAUGGUUCUUUGCCAGAGCGCCCCCCUUAUGGUUCAAGGGAGGAGCUUAUGCCCAAAUACAUGCCUGAGCGAUUAUCUAGUCAAUAUGAUCAAGCAAGUGCACCAGAAAGAAACCUGACUUAUGGGAGUAAGGAUCGUGGAUUUGAUGCAGCUCGGCCUGUUUCACCACUUGUAAGAAGUGGAGGGCCAACUUCCACACAGAAUGUUGCUCCUGACAAGAUUUGGUCAGAAGAGCGUCUGCGGGACAUGUCUUUGGCUGCUAUCAAGGAAUUCUACAGUGCGAAAGAUGAGAAAGAAGUUGCGUUGUGUGUAAAAGACCUGAAUUCACCCAGCUUCUAUCCAUCAAUGAUCUCACUUUGGGUUACUGAUUCCUUUGAGAGGAAGGACAAGGAAAGGGAUCUUUUGGCAAAGCUUAUAAUUGAUCUAACUAUUUCUCGAGAUGUGGCGAUAAGUCAAGAUCAGCUAAUUAAAGGGUUUGAAAAUGUUCUGACUACCUUGGAGGAUGCAGUAAAUGAUGCCCCUAGAGCAUCAGAAUUUCUUGGUCGCAUCUUCGGGAAGGUAAUAUUGGAAAACGUGAUACCGUUUAAUGAAAUUGGGCGUUUGAUAUACAAUGGCGGGGAAGAGGAAGGACGCCUUGUGGAGAUUGGGCUUGCUGCUGAAGUUGUUGGGAGCACAUUGGAGAUGAUAAAGCUAGAGCAAGGUGAUUCCGUGGUGUCAGAGAUCUGCAGAAGCUCUAAUGUGCGGUUAGAGAGCUUCCGGCCUCAAGGUUCCAGCAAGCAAUGGAAGUUAGACAAAUUUAUUUAGGUAAUAGGUGGGAGGGAUUGUAUCUUGGUAGAGAUUCAUGUCUAGCUUUUAGGGCACAGUUUAAUUUUGCUGAUAUAUAUUUAAAUGGUGAUCAAUACAAGGGUUUUUAUCCUUGAA